AUGUACGACAUCAAGCGCCUGGAAGCCGGACAGCAGCAGCACCAACAACUACGCCUGCGCGGCUCAACCACAGCUCAGCCGCAGCUCACCUGCAGCGUCAUCACGCCCCCGCAACUCACACACAACUGUAACAUCAGUCUGCAGCAUCCCCACUCCCUGGGAACGACAUCGGGAGGCAAGCAAGCUCUGAGCCAUUACCGCGAUCCCACCGAAGCCACACACAUGACGCUGAUCUCGUUACGCCGACGCCGUUUGUUUCAGCGUCGGGCCUGUCUGCUCAGCAUACUGGCCGCCUUUGUCUUCGGCAUGGCACUGGGUGUUGUGGUGCCCAUGUUUGGACUGCCCGACUAUUUCAACAGCAGCGACAGCAGUGGCAGCACUGGCGAUCAGCCACUGCCGGCUCUCACCCUAGCACCCUAUUCAGUGGCCUUCAUCAAGGAUGAGGAGACGGAAUUGACCGCCGAGCAGGUCUUUCGUAACGUCUUCCAUCUAGAGCAGGAUAAGAAUGCACCCGACUCCAUGAUUGUGAAAAAACUUGACACAAGUGAUGGCAGCAUUAAGGAGUUCCAUGUGCAGCGCACAGCCAACGGUCGCUAUCGCAAGGGACCCGAGCGACGUCUUUCCAAGCCAGCCGUGGGUAAGCAGGCGUUGUCGGACCAGAGCGCGGACGGACGCCUGGCCACUGGAAAUGCCUGGCCACUGGCACGGCCCAACGUAGAGAGUACGCAGAGUCGUCACCGGAAUGAGGGCAUCAUCAAGUCGGACAUUUUCUGGGGCGAUCUGGUAGAGAGUGCCCUGCCCAAAGGUUUUGGGUCGCCGGAUCAGCUCAGCUGGGAGCGGUAUGUGGCCGGUGAGGGAGAAGUGAUGCGUCUGGAGCACGGUUGCGGACGCAUGCAGAAUCGUAUGGUUGUCUUCGCCGAUGGAACGCGCGCCUGCGCACGCUACCGUCAGAACACGGAUCAGAUACAAGGCGAAAUAUUCUCAUACUACCUCGGCCAGCUGCUCAACAUUAGCAACCUGGCACCUAGUGCUGCAACCAUUAUUGAUACGACCACAAGCAGCUGGUCGGCGGCUGUAGGGGAUAUUACGCAGGCGCAGUGGAAGGAGAAGCGACCGGUGGUGCUCACGCGCUGGUUGCCUGACCUCGAGCCUGCCGGCAUACCGCAGCCGUUUCAGCCGCUGGAGCGACAUCUGAACAAGUACGAUGUUUGGAACAUAACGCUGCAGCGAUUGCAGCAGCAGCAGCAGCACGCGACGCAACAGCGAGGAUUACUCAAGCGGCUGGAGGCUGCCAGUAACCCAACGUACACUCAUCAAUCACGCAUGCUUGACUCGGCUGCGUCCUCGACAGCAUCGGAGGCGGCUGAGCAGGCAGUGCUUCAGCGACUAAUUGAAUUGGCACAAUGGUCCGAUUUAAUCGUCUUCGAUUACCUGAUCGCGAACCUCGAUCGUGUCGUUAAUAACUUGUACAACUUUCAAUGGAAUGCCGACAUUAUGGCUGCACCUGCGCACAACCUCGCCCGCCAAACGCACUCCCAUCUGCUCGUGUUUCUUGACAACGAGUCCGGCCUGCUACACGGCUAUCGACUGCUCAAGAAGUACGAGGCCUAUCACAGCUUGCUGCUGGACAAUCUCUGCGUCUUUCGGCAACCCACCAUUGAGGCGCUCCAGCGAUUGCGUGCCGAGGGCGCGGGACGCCGACUGCGCGAACUCUUUGAGCGCACGACGAGCGCCAAUGUGCGUGACGUGCUGCCCUCUCUGCCGGAUAAAUCAAUCAAGAUACUGGUGGAACGCAUCGAUCGCGUGCUGGGGCAGGUACAGAAGUGCAGGGACAUGCUUGCCGCCGACAACAACAACAGCGCUAUAACAACUAAGCGACCUGUUAAAAAUAUGGCAACUACACUCACUACACGGACCGAUCGGCCGAUCGACAACACCGAGCGGGGCACACAGAUGAGCACGCCUGCGCCUGUGGUGGAGCGGUGA